AACCUCCCCGUCAAGCGUCCUGCCGGGGUCUUGGCGCCGCGUUAGAAACCCAUUCUUUCGUAGCUCUCAUUGUGGCGUUCGUGUGCAGCCUUGUUCAUUGUGGCCAUUUGCUAAAUUUUCGUGCCCAGAGCGAGUCGCUGCGUGUGAAGAGCCAGUGGCAUCGAUGUUUCCACAGCGAGUCACUGAUCAGCGCGCUGCUGUUGGCAGGUUUAGUUGAGGUUAGGGUGGUCUGUCGAGGAGCUCCCGCCCCCUGCGACUUGUCCACCGGUCUGCGGGGGAGUUGAGCCUGGUUGUAAACCUCCACACAGUGCGGUUCUCAGAGUAAUGGCUGUCUACAAGAAGACGGAACAUCUGGCAGAUGUGGUCCGCAGGUGUCCACAUCACCAGAAUGGAGACGCUGCAGACCAUCGCAGUCAUUUGAUCAGAGUGGAGGGCAGCCAAAGGCCUGAGUAUCUUGAGGAUUACAACACAAAAAGGCACAGUGUGACUGUUCCCUAAGAGCCGCCCCAGCCGGGCUCAGAGAUCACCACAAUCCUGUUCAACUUCAUGUGCAACAGCUCCUGCAUGGGAGGCAUGAACCGCAGACCCAUCCUCACCAUCCUGACCCUUGAGACUUCAGACGGACAACUUUUGGGCCGAAGAUGCUUCGAGGUGCGUGUCUGCGCGUGUCCCGGCAGGGAUCGUAAAACAGAGGAGGCAAAUAGUGCCAAACUUCAGACAGGGGCCAAACAAGUGAAGAAAAGAAAAAGUGCCCCAGCAACAGAUCCUGAUAUGUGCAAAAGGAAGUCUGGCUCAAGCACAGACGAGGAGGAAGUACUUAUGUUGCCAGUUAAAGGCCGUGAGCGCUAUAACAUGUUAAAAAAGAUAAAUGAUGCAUUAGAACUGGCUGAAAAAGAGCUAAAAACAAAACCAGGGCUUCUAAGGAACUGCUGCCGUCCAGUGGAAAGCGCGUCUUGCAAAAAGCAGAACGAAGCGACAGCGACUAGUUGCAAUCUGCCUUCUUUUAACCGCCAUGUACGAGUUAUGUUCAGUGUUGCUUCCUGGCCAACAUCCCUCAGCAGGAGGCUGCACGAUCAUCGAGUUCAGAUGAACUGCGCGACCCCAGCCCCCUGUACCUCCCCAUCCCUCGUCCUGCCGGGGUCCGGCGCGACCCCAGCCCACGGAACCUCCCCGUCCCUCGUCCUGCCGGGGUCCGGCGCGACCCCAGCCCACGGAACCUCCCCGUCCCUCGUCCUGCCGGGGUCCGGCGCGACCCCAGCCCCCUGUACCUCCCCGUCAGGCGUCUUGCCGGGGUCCGGCGCGACCCCAUUUUUUUUGUUUUUUAUUUUUUUUCCUUCUCCUUUCCUCCCCUUUACCUCCACCCGUGCCACAGGCCCACUGAUGAUGAACAUGAUGAUGAUGACGAACAUGAUGAUGAUGAUGAUGAUGAUGCAAGCAGACAGCUGCGUGCAAGGGCUGACCAUUUUAAACGAAAAAUAAAACAGACCAAACAGGCAAAAACA